CGGAAGUUGUUUUCUCUGCCAGAGCGGGAAGCUGCUACUGCUUCAACACUGCUUUACACAUGUCAACAACUAGAAUACACAACGCUGAGACACACAGCUACGGGAAACUAUUUCAUCUUUAGGCAUUGUUGAGAAGAAGCUCAUACUGUGGGGUAUCAACAGCAGGGUGUGUCUGAGCAGCGGAGGAUAUAUAAAGCUUUUCCUCUGCUUUGACCAACAUCAGGUGCAGUCAUGCAGGCCUUUCUGAAAGGAGCGACCGUUCAGACCAGCAGACCUCAGAAAGACAAGGCAGCCGGGGGGCCCAGCACGGAGAAGAAAGUCAAGGCUGUUCCAUGGGUAGAAAAAUACAGGCCAAAGUGUAUCGAUGAGGUGGCCUUUCAGGAGGAGGUGGUCGCCGUGCUCAAGAAGUCUGUGGAAGGAGCAGAUCUUCCCAACUUGCUGUUCUACGGCCCCCCUGGAACAGGAAAGACCUCAACUAUUCUAGCCGCUGCCAGAGAGCUUUAUGGGCCUCAGCUGUACAGGCAGAGGGUGCUGGAGCUCAACGCCUCCGACGAACGAGGCAUCCAGGUCGUCAGAGAGAAGGUGAAGAACUUCGCUCAGUUGGUAGUGGCCGGGACGCGCCCAGACGGGAAGCCGUGUCCUCCUUUCAAGAUCAUCAUCCUGGACGAGGCGGACUCCAUGACGGGGGCGGCUCAGGCCGCUCUGAGACGCACCAUGGAGAAGGAGUCCCGCACCACCCGCUUCUGCCUCAUCUGCAACUACAUCAGCAGGAUCAUCGAGCCCCUAACCUCCAGAUGUUCCAAGUUUCGCUUCAAACCUUUGGCCAAUAAGAUCCAAGAAGAGCGGCUGCUGGAGAUCUGUGAAAAGGAGAGCCUCAAAUACAGCAAACAGAGCAUAGCAGCAUUAGUGACGGUGUCUGAGGGAGACCUGCGGAAAGCCAUCACCUUCUUGCAGAGUGCUGCGCGCCUCAACAUGGACCGGGAGAUCACAGAGAGCGCCAUCAUCGAAAUAGCUGGGGUCGUCCCUCCCAAGAUGAUUGACAACAUGCUCCAGAUAUGCCUCUCUGGAACUUUUGAGAAACUAGAGGUCGCAGUCAGGAAAAUGGUGGAUGAAGGCUACGCAGCCACACAGAUCCUGGGUCAGCUCCACGAGGCUGUCAUAGAACACGACCUGAGUGACAAGCAGAAGUCUGCCAUAACGGAGAAGAUGGCGGUUGUGGGUAAGUGCCUGUCAGACGGGGCCGAUGAGUACCUGCAGAUGUUGAGUCUAUGUUCAGUCAUCAUGCAGCAGGCCUCGCAGCACAACUGAAGCACCACACACAGAACUGGGACCAACAUGAGACAGCAGCACUUCAACCCCCCCAUUCAGUUCAUCAAUCACAGCUUGGGACUUCCAGCAGUAGAUUUCACCUGAUAGUGGUGCAGUUUACUGUCACAGCUGACAACGUUUCCAUCUGUGUCUCCCUCCACUUACGAAGAUUACUACAUGCUUUCAAAAAUCUGUUACCAGUCAUAUGUGUCUUUAUUGACUUUUAUUGACCAUAAAUGUAACUACUGACCAACAUAUCUUUCUACACUUUUUGCAAUUCUUUGGAACCUAAUAAACAACUUUUUGUAUAUUUUCA